AUGAGAGUGCCUCAGUCUUGGAAUGAUGCAGGCUUACUGCAAGACGAGCCUCUUCUUACUCACUUUACAGUGCGCGACCAACAAAUCGCGUCACCUGGCCAACGAGGCGCAAUUGACUGGAGCCCGGCUUUCAUGCAAGAGUUCUUGCACUCAGACGUAGUGAGUCUACCUUUUGACUCGGAUGACAGUGGCUCAUCUGAACAGCUGGCCGCCACGGCUGAGUGGCUUCGGCUCGCAUUUUACGCCUGUCAACGCGAAUCUGCGGAUGUUCAAUCCAGGAAGUUCAAGGGCCCGCCUGACAAGUCAGAUAUACGUUUGUUUGUCGAGUUUUAUUGGCGCCUUCGUCAAGAUGUCAAAGUGAACGGUGACAGCUCGCGAAGAUUUCUCAUCCAGAAGCGACGGGAGCGUGGAUACCAAUACGAGCCUGACGAGGAGAUUAGAAAAGAAUAUGCAGACAAGCCCCAUGGCGUAGAGGAAGGUGGCAAAGACAAUUGCAAGAGCUUCGCAAUGCCAGAACAAACGGCCGCAUUCCAUCGAGUUGAUCGCACACGCCAGGGGAAAGGCCAACGCCAGUCUUGCGAUUUGGGAGCGAGUGGUAGAAGUACCAAUCCGGGCAGGACAGAUCCUACACAUGCUCAACAGAGAAGAUGUGCUGCCAAACUAUCUCCUCGAGACGAGACCGCCCAUGUCAGCGAAUCCACUCCGCCGACCAAGAGUAGUAGCAACGACGGGGGACAGAGAACAAGAUCUAGACCAGGCACACGGCCCACGAAGACUCGAACUCCUCGUAAUCCGGGAAGUACUAAAUCGGAUGACUCCACUCGCUCGUCAAAAAGGCGUCGCGAUAAUCUUGGUGAAAUUGCUGUUGGUGGCGUCAACAUACCCAAAAAGAAGAUGGACGAACACCAACGGAAUCCCAUCAAGGACGUCAAGGUUCCUGCAGCCACAGAUAAAAUGUCUUCGAACCCGAUCCCCACCGUGAUGAAUAACCGUACAAAAAGUGAUACAGUACACGUUGAUGCCGGACAUACACUGACUCGGCCUAAGAAUGAAUCCUCCAUGAGCUCAAACAGAAAGCGCCGCCGAGAGGUCUUCGAAAUGGCACAAACAGGAUUAGCGAAUCCAAGAUCAACUCGCAAGCUAGUACCGACAGGUCAACAGCGAAGCUCACCGAAGACUUAUGGUCAUGAUGGGUCCAUCACUUUCCAUGACAUGGAUACCAAUCUUAGUCAAGCCGCGAAUGAGGCGUCGACGGUAGCUCAAAAUAGUGUUGAUCCUCUAACCGAUUUUGAAGAGGAGGAUCCAGCGGAAGGUCAAGAUGAGCCCCCCAACUCCAGCGAUGACGAAUCUCCCUUGAACCCUGCUGUCUAUCGCCGUAGAUCUGGAUUGCCAGACUUCGAUCUCUCAGACAAAUAUUCUCAGCUUGCUCAGGGAUAUUCGUCUCUGUCAAAUCCCUUGCAAAGCUCGGUCCCAUAUACCCCGCCUGUUAUUAGAGAAUUUGUUCAGAAACCUCGCUUGUUUCGAAAGCCACCUAUUUGGGCAGAGUCAAGGCAAGAAGUAUGCGAAUCUUUUGACUGGUUUAGAAGCUACCAGGGUGGUGUCUACUUCAUGAAAGAUAUGGUAAAAGGCUACUUGCUAAGCGCCUUUUCGUCCAACCGCGAUCUUUUUGCUCAUGAUGGCCGUCUGAUUAUAUCUCACGGUGGUGGGAAGGCUGAGAGCCUUCAUACCAAAGAGGGGCAAACGGAAUCUCAUGAAGCAGAUGACCAACUGGCAGGAGAUAAAUCUGUUAGGGCCCUCUUAAACACCUAUCACCUCCGCCGUCCACUAGUCUUGAUAAUCGAUGACAAAUAUGCCUCAUUUCCGUAUGACCUCUCAGCGGAUGGAUAUACGUAUGUCGUAUUGGGGUUUUAUCGUAUCGCACAUGCAUGGGCGGAGCAACAGCCAGCCAAUAACACACGAGGCUUUGUAGUGCGGUACAAGUUUGCUUUUCAAUGGUGCGAAGAGCAGGGAGGACCGUGGUGGAUCAAUGUGCCAGAUCCGUGUGCGCUCGGCUCCAAAUUUCAAGUUGAAGAAGCGCUCAGACAUCAAGAGACUACGUCAUCCAACGUCUCCGGUGGUGAAGCGUCGGCUGCGAAAGAGUUAGUUGAAGCAUUGAAUGACACCAGGUAA